GCUGUGAGCAGCAGAAUGACUGUGGCUGCGCUCCUCCUGAAGACUGAAACGCCGCGUCUCUCUCUCUCUCUCUCUCUCUCUCCCUCUCUUUCUCCCCUCUCUCUCCCCUCCCCGCCUCCUCUUGCACGCCUUCUCUACCAGACGUCAAGGAGGAGACACUGGACUCUUGUUUCUCUCUCUCUCCCUCUCUCACGCACACACGCACGCACACGCACACACACGCGCGUUCGUGUGGGAAACUUGGAGAACGGACUCCUCGGACUCCUGUUUUUUGUUUUUCUUUUUUUUUUUUUUUUUUCUUCCCCACCCUCGUCUUUGACUUAACAUCUCCACGUGUCCAGCGUUCCACGCGUCCAACGGACCGGUCAGAGCACCAUGCCGGUGGUGGGGGUGGCGUCCAAGCUCAGGCAGCCCAGCGUCGGCUCCCGGCCGGUGCACACCGCUCACCCCAUGCCCAACCUGGGCCGCAGCGGCGCCGGUGCCGGCAUCGGCGUGGGUGUCGGCGGCGUCACUCAGGGUUACCACGCCCCCACUCGGGCCCCCACGGAGGUGAGGGCCAGCGAGUCACCCCUGCUCUCCUCCUGCCAGCUGUCAUUCAAGGGCCAGGAGUACCAGGAGCGGAGGACUCCACCGGCGCGCAGCAGAGAGUCGGAGGAGAGUAAGAUCAGCAAGAUCUACACUGACUGGGCAAACCACUAUCUGGCCAAGUCCGGCUGCCCACGCCUCAUCAAGGACCUGACCCAGGACAUUGCCGACGGAGUUCUGCUGGCAGAAAUCAUCCAGAUCAUUGCAAAUGAAAAGGUGGAGGAUAUCAAUGGCUGUCCUAGAAGUCAGUCUCAAAUGAUCGAGAAUGUAGACACCUGCCUCAACUUCCUGGAGGCCCGAGGAGUGAACGUUCAGGGACUCUCUGCAGAAGAGAUUCGUAAUGGGAAUCUGAAGAGCAUCCUGGGUCUGUUCUUCAUCCUGUCGCGCUACAAGCAGCAGCAGCAGCAUCAGCAGCAGUACCUGCAGUCUCUGGUGGAGCUGCAGCAGCAGGUCACUCACCAGGCCAGCGGGGCGGCACCGUCCAGCCCCCUCAAGACACAAGACAUGCAGUCCAGUCUGACGGCGAGAUAUGCAAGCCCACCCGGCCACAGCGGAAUAGGAGCGAGCCAGAAGAAGAACACAAGGUUACCAGGUCCAUCCCGUGUCCCUACUGCAGGCAGUGGGGGGAAGGCCCAGGGAUCGUCCAACCUCAACAGGAGAAGCCAGAGCUUCAACAGCAUCGACAAGAGCAAGCCUCUACAGUACGCCAGUGGCAAUGACAGAGAGUCUGUAAGGGGCAUCCCCCUGGCGGGCAGCAUGAAUGGCAGCAUGGGCGCGGCGUCGGCAGCUAUGCCCUCCAGCCCCAGCGUGCACCAGCUGGGCUCGGCCAUCCCGUCGCCGUCGGCGGGCAAGUCGUGGCGCAGCAAGUCCAUGAACCUCAAGCACAGCGCCACCUCCUCCAUGCUGUCGCUCAGUAGCCCCACGGCCCUCGCUUCCCCCAACAGCAUCCCCGCGACUGCAUUCGCCCAUGAUGACCGGCGCCGCCCGGGGGCCUCAUCAUCGGCCAGGGGGCUCGGGUCAGUCUCUUGGAACGCCCCCGGCAACCAGCGCUCCAUGCUGGACAAGUUCCGGCUCAUCAACCCGCGCUCGGCCUCGCGGACCUCCCCGUCGGUGGCCGAGAUGGCGCUGCAGGAGGAGGACGACCUGUCGGAGUACGGCGACGACCUGGCGCCGCCCAUGCCCAUCAGCCGGGCACCGGCGUCCCAAGUGCCAUCCGCCGCCUCCACCGCUCUCCCGACGCCCAAGGGCUCCGGCAAGAGCUCCGGCGGCAAGUCCCUGGUCCACCCCAAGGAGAAGGAGGAGAAGGCCAAGAGCAAGGCCAGCAAAGCCAGCACGCCGCCCAAGGAGGAGAGGGAGCCCGCGGCCGGCGAGGCCGGGAAGAAGGGCUCCAAGAUCGCCAGCCUCAUCCCCAAGGGGGGCAAGCCGGCGGGGGGCAAGAAGGAGAGCGGCGCCCAGCCGGCCUCCAGCGGCAUCCCCAAGCCGGGACUGAAGGCCCCUCAAGCCACCGCCAAGCAGUCCCAGGCUUCCGCGACACCAGGGGGCGCCGCCGCGUCGGCCACAGGGGCCGGAGGCACGGGGAGUGGACCAGGACCCGCCGGGGUGGGGGCCCGAGACGGUGGCGAAAAGGUGAAGCACGCCAAGGGGAGCCAGUACUCACAGCGCGAGAGGGGGGCAGGUGAGAGUCGGCGGACCAACAUGACCUCCUCGACCAGCACCUCGGCGCUGUCGGGCUCGUCCGCAGGGAUCGGAGGAGGAGGAGGCGGGGUGAUGGGCGGCAAUGGGGCGGUGCAGUUGCCCCAGCAACAGCAGCACAACCACCCCAACACGGCCACUGUAGCCCCCUUCAUGUACAGGACGUACUCUGAGAAUGACUGCUCCACAGUCGCCCCUGUUGACCCCUGCCUGAGUCCUACCAAGGGGGAGCUGGUCUACAGCAAGACCGCCAAACAAUGCCUGGAGGAGAUCUCUGGAGAAGAUCCGGAGACAAGGCGGAUGCGCACGGUCAAGAACAUUGCAGACCUGCGGCAGAAUCUGGAGGAGACCAUGUCCAGUCUACGGGGGACGCAGAUCAGCCACAGCACCCUGGAAACGACUUUCGACUCCACGGUGACCACGGAGGUCAACGGGCGUGGCCUCCCCGCCCUCUCCAGCCGCUCCUCCCCCAUGGCCUGGCGCCUGGGCCAGUCGCCGAGCCCGCGGCUGCAGGCGGGCGACGCCCCAUCCAUGGCCAGCAGCUACACCUCGUCGGCACGAGCCGCGGGCGGAGGAGGAGGUGGUGGCGCGCCCGAGCUCGGAGAAGCUGACAGCGAUGGCGGUGCCAGAGGCUUGGAGGCCGGCGAGAAAGGCCCGGCUCCUGACGGCGUGGGAGCCCGAGGUGAAUAG